GACAUUGUACUCAUCCUUGUGUACCGGUGUAUAUAUCCUCCUCUCAUUACACGUUACACAGUGUAGUGGACAACCCGCCUUAAAACAAUGCGAGAAAUAAUUCAUGUCCAGGUUGGACAGUGCGGGAACCAGAUUGGCUCCAAAUUCUGGGAGGAGAUCUCCUACGAGCAUGGGAUCAACCCCCACGGAAAAUACGAAGGGGACAACGAUAUCCAAUUGGAGCGGAUCAAUGUUUUCUUUACGGAGGGCCAGGGCGGGUCGUACGUGCCCCGCUCGUGCAUGGUGGAUCUCGAACCCGGGACCAUGGACGCCAUCAAAGGGGGACCGUAUGGCUCAAUCUUCAGACCCGACAAUUUCGUUUUCGGACAAAACGGCGCGGGUAACGUGUGGGCCAAGGGUCACUAUACAGAGGGCGCGGAACUCGUGGAGGAGGUGUGUGAUGUGUUACGGAGGGAGGCGGAGAACUGUGACUGUCUGCAGGGCUUCCAGCUGACCCACUCCAUCGGCGGAGGGACCGGGUCAGGAAUGGGGACCCUCAUCCUCAGCAAGGUCAAGGAGGAGUUCCCCGACCGUAUCAUGUGUUCCUACUCCGUCCACCCGUCCCCUAAAGUUUCUGAGGUAGUUGUUGAGCCGUACAACGCAGUCCUCUCAGUUCACCAGCUUCUCGAGAACACAGACGAGACCUUUUGCAUCGAUAACGAGGCUCUAUACGAUAUCUGCUUCCGGAACUUGAAACUUUCGAACCCGAGUUAUAACGAUCUCAAUCACCUCGUUUCACACACGAUGUCAGGGGUCACGACCUGUCUGAGGUUUCCAGGGCAACUGAACGCUGAUCUGAGGAAACUGGCUGUCAACAUGGUUCCCUUCCCGCGAUUACACUUCUUUAUGCCCGGUUUUGCCCCGCUGACGUCACGAAACAACGCGCAAUUUCGAGCGCUGACGGUGGCGCAACUUAUCCAGGAGGUGUUUGAUGCUAGGAACAUGAUGACGGCGUGCGAUCCCCGACGCGGCAGGUACUUGACGGUCGGCACCUUCUUCCGCGGGAAGAUGUCAAUGAAAGAAGUCGAGGAGCAAAUGAUGCAGGCCCAGAAUAAGUUUUCGGCCAAUUUCGUCGAAUGGAUUCCGAACAACCUGAAAACAGCGGUGUGUGACAUUCCACCAAGGGACGUGAAAAUGUCUGCCACAUUUGUCGGAAAUAGUACGGCCAUCCAGGAACUGUUUUAUCGUAUAUGUGACUCAUUCGCUCUCAUGUUCCGCCGAAAGGCUUUCCUGCAUUGGUACACGUCUGAGGGCAUGGAUGAAAUGGAGUUCUCGGAGGCCGAUUCCAACAUGAAGGACCUUAUUUCUGAAUACCAGCAGUACCAGACUGUUGGUCUGGACAACGACUUCGACGAAGUUGAGGAGGAAGAAGAGGAAGAGGAGGUGAUGUGAACCAGCUAAACUGGGACCAGUUAAAUUUAUUUCUUACUUGAAACGCCGUAUAGGUUUUAAAGAAGAUUUUAGUGGAAAUGGUGUUAACAAUGUAAACUUGUAUAAUUAUGUUUUGACUGUGA